AUGGUGGCAAAACGUCCCGCAUACGACGGGGUCGGCCGCAGCACUGCCGCCGCGACAGCGCUCCCCUUCCUCCUCCUCCUCCUCCUUCCGGCGACGGCGAACGCUGCGGCGGCUCGACCCUCCAUCAGCGCUCUCUUCGACGCCACUGGACCAGCGGCGCGCCGCGUUGGCGGCGCCGGCCGCGCCGAGAAUCUCGCGCGGCGGGCGCUUCAAGACUACUCCGACUACGAGCCGUGGGUGGAACCCCCUGAGGAAUGCCAUGAGGAGCAGGGGAAUUUGAAUUGCCCCAGUGGCGGCGGGUGCAUGCACGAGUCGCAGGUGUGCGACGGCAAGCCGCAUUGCUCCGACGGCAGCGACGAGUCGCCCGACUUCUGCCGCGAGUUCGACUGCGAGAUCGUUCGCAAGGUGUCGUGCCCCACGCUCACGGGCUGCAUGCCCCCGGGCAGCGUGUGCAACGGCGUGGCGGACUGCGCGGACGGCAGCGACGAGGGGCGGCAAUGCCGGCAGGGCUACCAGGACGACAGCUACUACUGCGCCGACCAGGGCCUCGAGCAGUGCCCCUCCGACCGCUACGCGUGCCUGCGCCAGGAGGAUUACUGCGACGGUUACGAGACGUGCUACGGGUACGACGAGGCGAAUUGCGAGAAGCACGUGUGCUCGUUUGGGAUGAUCCAGUGCCCCAAGACGUUCUACUGCGCGUGGGGGACGCUCUGUGACGGCGUGCAGGACUGUGUGAUGACUGCUGAGGCUGAGGAUGAGGAUAAGGCGUUUUGUAGCGGGUAUAGCUGCCCGGAGGGGUUUAAGAAGUGUGCGGAUGGGUUGCAGUGCGUGGCGGAGGGGUUGUUUUGCGACGGGACGGUGAAUUGCAAUGAUGGGAGUGACGAAGGGGCGGCGACGUGUGCUGUGAACCCCCCUGCUGGGGGUGGAACAGGCGCCGUUACCACUCCUCCUCCUCCUCCUGAGACUGGAUCUGGUUCGUCUGGAAGCGGCACUACCACUCCUCCUCCUGCUCCUCCUACUCCUACUGCUACCCCUGGUGGCGGUAGCGGCAGCGGCAGUGGGGGUUCAACUGGGUCGUCUGGAGGCACUGUGGUGCUGAGUGCUGAAGAAGUGGCGAGGCAGAGGAAGGAAGCAGCGGCUCGGAGGGCGGCUGCUGUUGCUGCCAAGAAGAGAGCUGCUGCUGCUAAGCAUGCUGCUGUGGAGGCACGGCGGGCGAAGCAGGCGGCGAAAGCAGCUGCGAUUGCUGAGAAGAAGAAGAAGCAGGAGGAGAAGGCGGCUGCUGUUGCGGAGAAGAAGAGGCUUCAGGAAGCUAAGGCGGUUGCUAUUGCUGAGAAGAAGAGGAAGCAGGAGGAAAAAGCGGCUGCUAUUGCUGAGAAGAAGAAGAAACAGGAAGAGAAGGCUGCUGCCAUUGCUGAGAAGAAGAGGAAGCAAGCAGAAAAGGCGGCUGCAAUUGAGGCUAAGAAGAAGAAGCAGGCUGAGAAGGCUGCGGCGCUAGAGGCUAGGAAGGAGAGGGAGGCUGCACGGGCAGCAGCUGCGACCAAGAACCCUUCAAUAAGCUCGUGGCAGGGGGACGAGAGGGCAGAAGGGAAGGGAAGGAGGGUGAGAGUGGACAGGAGGGUGAGAGUGGACAGGAGGGUGAGAGUGGACAGGAGGGUGAGAGUGGACAGGAGGGUGAGAGUGGACAGGAGGGUGAGAGUGGACAGGAGGGUGAGAGUGGACAGGAGGGUGAGAGUGGACAGGAGGGUGAGAGUGGACAGGAGGGUGAGAGUGGACAGGAGGGUGAGAGUGGACAGGAGGGUGAGAGUGGACAGGAGGGUGAGAGUGGACAGGAGGGUGAGAGUGGACAGGAGGGUGAGAGUGGACAGGAGGGUGAGAGUGGACAGGAGGGUGAGAGUGGACAGGAGGGUGAGAGUGGACAGGAGGGUGAGAGUGGACAGGAGGGUGAGAGUGGACAGGAGGGUGAGAGUGGACAGGAGGGUGAGAGUGGACAGGAGGGUGAGAGUGGACAGGAGGGUGAGAGUGGACAGGAGGGUGAGAGUGGACAGGAGGGUGAGAGUGGACAGGAGGGUGAGAGUGGACAGGAGGGUGAGAGUGGACAGGAGGGUGAGAGUGGACAGGAGGGUGAGAGUGGACAGGAGGGUGAGAGUGGACAGGAGGGUGAGAGUGGACAGGAGUGGGGGGGGAGAAACGUCUUGCUGCCCAGCUCGUGCGACCCUGUAA